AUGGACACCACUCCUUUUGAGGGCAGCAUCCCUACUGAGGACAGAAGAUCUUGGGAUGGGAGAACCACACAAUGCGGGGACGGCACACCAGGCGGGGACGGCACACCAGGCGGGGACGGCACACCAGGCGGGGACGGCACACCAGGCGGGGACGGCACACCAGGCGGGGACGGCACACCAGGCGGGGACGGCACACCAGGCGGGGACGGCACACCAGGCGGGGACGGCACACCAGGCGGGGACGGCACACCAGGCGGGGACGGCACACCAGGCGGGGACGGCACACCAGGCGGGGACGGCACACCAGGCGGGGACGGCACACCAGGCGGGGACGGCACACCAGGCGGGGACGGCACACCAGGCGGGGACGGCACACCAGGCGGGGACGGCACACCAGGCGGGGACGGCACACCAGGCGGGGACGGCACACCAGGCGGGGACGGCACACCAGGCGGGGACGGCACACCAGGCGGGGACGGCACACCAGGCGGGGACGGCACACCAGGCGGGGACGGCACACCAGGCGGGGACGGCACACCAGGCGGGGACGGCACACCAGGCGGGGACGGCACACCAGGCGGGGACGGCACACCAGGCGGGGACGGCACACCAGGCGGGGACGGCACACCAGGCGGGGACGGCACACCAGGCGGGGACGGCACACCAGGCGGGGACGGCACACCAGGCGGGGACGGCACACCAGGCGGGGACGGCACACCAGGCGGGGACGGCACACCAGGCGGGGACGGCACACCAGGCGGGGACGGCACACCAGGCGGGGACGGCACACCAGGCGGGGACGGCACACCAGGCGGGGACGGCACACCAGGCGGGGACGGCACACCAGGCGGGGACGGCACACCAGGCGGGGACGGCACACCAGGCGGGGACGGCACACCAGGCGGGGACGGCACACCAGGCGGGGACGGCACACCAGGCGGGGACGGCACACCAGGCGGGGACGGCACACCAGGCGGGGACGGCACACCAGGCGGGGACGGCACACCAGGCGGGGACGGCACACCAGGCGGGGACGGCACACCAGGCGGGGACGGCACACCAGGCGGGGACGGCACACCAGGCGGGGACGGCACACCAGGCGGGGACGGCACACCAGGCGGGGACGGCACACCAGGCGGGGACGGCACACCAGGCGGGGACGGCACACCAGGCGGGGACGGCACACCAGGCGGGGACGGCACACCAGGCGGGGACGGCACACCAGGCGGGGACGGCACACCAGGCGGGGACGGCACACCAGGCGGGGACGGCACACCAGGCGGGGACGGCACACCAGGCGGGGACGGCACACCAGGCGGGGACGGCACACCAGGCGGGGACGGCACACCAGGCGGGGACGGCACACCAGGCGGGGACGGCACACCAGGCGGGGACGGCACACCAGGCGGGGACGGCACACCAGGCGGGGACGGCACACCAGGCGGGGACGGCACACCAGGCGGGGACGGCACACCAGGCGGGGACGGCACACCAGGCGGGGACGGCACACCAGGCGGGGACGGCACACCAGGCGGGGACGGCACACCAGGCGGGGACGGCACACCAGGCGGGGACGGCACACCAGGCGGGGACGGCACACCAGGCGGGGACGGCACACCAGGCGGGGACGGCACACCAGGCGGGGACGGCACACCAGGCGGGGACGGCACACCAGGCGGGGACGGCACACCAGGCGGGGACGGCACACCAGGCGGGGACGGCACACCAGGCGGGGACGGCACACCAGGCGGGGACGGCACACCAGGCGGGGACGGCACACCAGGCGGGGACGGCACACCAGGCGGGGACGGCACACCAGGCGGGGACGGCACACCAGGCGGGGACGGCACACCAGGCGGGGACGGCACACCAGGCGGGGACGGCACACCAGGCGGGGACGGCACACCAGGCGGGGACGGCACACCAGGCGGGGACGGCACACCAGGCGGGGACGGCACACCAGGCGGGGACGGCACACCAGGCGGGGACGGCACACCAGGCGGGGACGGCACACCAGGCGGGGACGGCACACCAGGCGGGGACGGCACACCAGGCGGGGACGGCACACCAGGCGGGGACGGCACACCAGGCGGGGACGGCACACCAGGCGGGGACGGCACACCAGGCGGGGACGGCACACCAGGCGGGGACGGCACACCAGGCGGGGACGGCACACCAGGCGGGGACGGCACACCAGGCGGGGACGGCACACCAGGCGGGGACGGCACACCAGGCGGGGACGGCACACCAGGCGGGGACGGCACACCAGGCGGGGACGGCACACCAGGCGGGGACGGCACACCAGGCGGGGACGGCACACCAGGCGGGGACGGCACACCAGGCGGGGACGGCACACCAGGCGGGGACGGCACACCAGGCGGGGACGGCACACCAGGCGGGGACGGCACACCAGGCGGGGACGGCACACCAGGCGGGGACGGCACACCAGGCGGGGACGGCACACCAGGCGGGGACGGCACACCAGGCGGGGACGGCACACCAGGCGGGGACGGCACACCAGGCGGGGACGGCACACCAGGCGGGGACGGCACACCAGGCGGGGACGGCACACCAGGCGGGGACGGCACACCAGGCGGGGACGGCACACCAGGCGGGGACGGCACACCAGGCGGGGACGGCACACCAGGCGGGGACGGCACACCAGGCGGGGACGGCACACCAGGCGGGGACGGCACACCAGGCGGGGACGGCACACCAGGCGGGGACGGCACACCAGGCGGGGACGGCACACCAGGCGGGGACGGCACACCAGGCGGGGACGGCACACCAGGCGGGGACGGCACACCAGGCGGGGACGGCACACCAGGCGGGGACGGCACACCAGGCGGGGACGGCACACCAGGCGGGGACGGCACACCAGGCGGGGACGGCACACCAGGCGGGGACGGCACACCAGGCGGGGACGGCACACCAGGCGGGGACGGCACACCAGGCGGGGACGGCACACCAGGCGGGGACGGCACACCAGGCGGGGACGGCACACCAGGCGGGGACGGCACACCAGGCGGGGACGGCACACCAGGCGGGGACGGCACACCAGGCGGGGACGGCACACCAGGCGGGGACGGCACACCAGGCGGGGACGGCACACCAGGCGGGGACGGCACACCAGGCGGGGACGGCACACCAGGCGGGGACGGCACACCAGGCGGGGACGGCACACCAGGCGGGGACGGCACACCAGGCGGGGACGGCACACCAGGCGGGGACGGCACACCAGGCGGGGACGGCACACCAGGCGGGGACGGCACACCAGGCGGGGACGGCACACCAGGCGGGGACGGCACACCAGGCGGGGACGGCACACCAGGCGGGGACGGCACACCAGGCGGGGACGGCACACCAGGCGGGGACGGCACACCAGGCGGGGACGGCACACCAGGCGGGGACGGCACACCAGGCGGGGACGGCACACCAGGCGGGGACGGCACACCAGGCGGGGACGGCACACCAGGCGGGGACGGCACACCAGGCGGGGACGGCACACCAGGCGGGGACGGCACACCAGGCGGGGACGGCACACCAGGCGGGGACGGCACACCAGGCGGGGACGGCACACCAGGCGGGGACGGCACACCAGGCGGGGACGGCACACCAGGCGGGGACGGCACACCAGGCGGGGACGGCACACCAGGCGGGGACGGCACACCAGGCGGGGACGGCACACCAGGCGGGGACGGCACACCAGGCGGGGACGGCACACCAGGCGGGGACGGCACACCAGGCGGGGACGGCACACCAGGCGGGGACGGCACACCAGGCGGGGACGGCACACCAGGCGGGGACGGCACACCAGGCGGGGACGGCACACCAGGCGGGGACGGCACACCAGGCGGGGACGGCACACCAGGCGGGGACGGCACACCAGGCGGGGACGGCACACCAGGCGGGGACGGCACACCAGGCGGGGACGGCACACCAGGCGGGGACGGCACACCAGGCGGGGACGGCACACCAGGCGGGGACGGCACACCAGGCGGGGACGGCACACCAGGCGGGGACGGCACACCAGGCGGGGACGGCACACCAGGCGGGGACGGCACACCAGGCGGGGACGGCACACCAGGCGGGGACGGCACACCAGGCGGGGACGGCACACCAGGCGGGGACGGCACACCAGGCGGGGACGGCACACCAGGCGGGGACGGCACACCAGGCGGGGACGGCACACCAGGCGGGGACGGCACACCAGGCGGGGACGGCACACCAGGCGGGGACGGCACACCAGGCGGGGACGGCACACCAGGCGGGGACGGCACACCAGGCGGGGACGGCACACCAGGCGGGGACGGCACACCAGGCGGGGACGGCACACCAGGCGGGGACGGCACACCAGGCGGGGACGGCACACCAGGCGGGGACGGCACACCAGGCGGGGACGGCACACCAGGCGGGGACGGCACACCAGGCGGGGACGGCACACCAGGCGGGGACGGCACACCAGGCGGGGACGGCACACCAGGCGGGGACGGCACACCAGGCGGGGACGGCACACCAGGCGGGGACGGCACACCAGGCGGGGACGGCACACCAGGCGGGGACGGCACACCAGGCGGGGACGGCACACCAGGCGGGGACGGCACACCAGGCGGGGACGGCACACCAGGCGGGGACGGCACACCAGGCGGGGACGGCACACCAGGCGGGGACGGCACACCAGGCGGGGACGGCACACCAGGCGGGGACGGCACACCAGGCGGGGACGGCACACCAGGCGGGGACGGCACACCAGGCGGGGACGGCACACCAGGCGGGGACGGCACACCAGGCGGGGACGGCACACCAGGCGGGGACGGCACACCAGGCGGGGACGGCACACCAGGCGGGGACGGCACACCAGGCGGGGACGGCACACCAGGCGGGGACGGCACACCAGGCGGGGACGGCACACCAGGCGGGGACGGCACACCAGGCGGGGACGGCACACCAGGCGGGGACGGCACACCAGGCGGGGACGGCACACCAGGCGGGGACGGCACACCAGGCGGGGACGGCACACCAGGCGGGGACGGCACACCAGGCGGGGACGGCACACCAGGCGGGGACGGCACACCAGGCGGGGACGGCACACCAGGCGGGGACGGCACACCAGGCGGGGACGGCACACCAGGCGGGGACGGCACACCAGGCGGGGACGGCACACCAGGCGGGGACGGCACACCAGGCGGGGACGGCACACCAGGCGGGGACGGCACACCAGGCGGGGACGGCACACCAGGCGGGGACGGCACACCAGGCGGGGACGGCACACCAGGCGGGGACGGCACACCAGGCGGGGACGGCACACCAGGCGGGGACGGCACACCAGGCGGGGACGGCACACCAGGCGGGGACGGCACACCAGGCGGGGACGGCACACCAGGCGGGGACGGCACACCAGGCGGGGACGGCACACCAGGCGGGGACGGCACACCAGGCGGGGACGGCACACCAGGCGGGGACGGCACACCAGGCGGGGACGGCACACCAGGCGGGGACGGCACACCAGGCGGGGACGGCACACCAGGCGGGGACGGCACACCAGGCGGGGACGGCACACCAGGCGGGGACGGCACACCAGGCGGGGACGGCACACCAGGCGGGGACGGCACACCAGGCGGGGACGGCACACCAGGCGGGGACGGCACACCAGGCGGGGACGGCACACCAGGCGGGGACGGCACACCAGGCGGGGACGGCACACCAGGCGGGGACGGCACACCAGGCGGGGACGGCACACCAGGCGGGGACGGCACACCAGGCGGGGACGGCACACCAGGCGGGGACGGCACACCAGGCGGGGACGGCACACCAGGCGGGGACGGCACACCAGGCGGGGACGGCACACCAGGCGGGGACGGCACACCAGGCGGGGACGGCACACCAGGCGGGGACGGCACACCAGGCGGGGACGGCACACCAGGCGGGGACGGCACACCAGGCGGGGACGGCACACCAGGCGGGGACGGCACACCAGGCGGGGACGGCACACCAGGCGGGGACGGCACACCAGGCGGGGACGGCACACCAGGCGGGGACGGCACACCAGGCGGGGACGGCACACCAGGCGGGGACGGCACACCAGGCGGGGACGGCACACCAGGCGGGGACGGCACACCAGGCGGGGACGGCACACCAGGCGGGGACGGCACACCAGGCGGGGACGGCACACCAGGCGGGGACGGCACACCAGGCGGGGACGGCACACCAGGCGGGGACGGCACACCAGGCGGGGACGGCACACCAGGCGGGGACGGCACACCAGGCGGGGACGGCACACCAGGCGGGGACGGCACACCAGGCGGGGACGGCACACCAGGCGGGGACGGCACACCAGGCGGGGACGGCACACCAGGCGGGGACGGCACACCAGGCGGGGACGGCACACCAGGCGGGGACGGCACACCAGGCGGGGACGGCACACCAGGCGGGGACGGCACACCAGGCGGGGACGGCACACCAGGCGGGGACGGCACACCAGGCGGGGACGGCACACCAGGCGGGGACGGCACACCAGGCGGGGACGGCACACCAGGCGGGGACGGCACACCAGGCGGGGACGGCACACCAGGCGGGGACGGCACACCAGGCGGGGACGGCACACCAGGCGGGGACGGCACACCAGGCGGGGACGGCACACCAGGCGGGGACGGCACACCAGGCGGGGACGGCACACCAGGCGGGGACGGCACACCAGGCGGGGACGGCACACCAGGCGGGGACGGCACACCAGGCGGGGACGGCACACCAGGCGGGGACGGCACACCAGGCGGGGACGGCACACCAGGCGGGGACGGCACACCAGGCGGGGACGGCACACCAGGCGGGGACGGCACACCAGGCGGGGACGGCACACCAGGCGGGGACGGCACACCAGGCGGGGACGGCACACCAGGCGGGGACGGCACACCAGGCGGGGACGGCACACCAGGCGGGGACGGCACACCAGGCGGGGACGGCACACCAGGCGGGGACGGCACACCAGGCGGGGACGGCACACCAGGCGGGGACGGCACACCAGGCGGGGACGGCACACCAGGCGGGGACGGCACACCAGGCGGGGACGGCACACCAGGCGGGGACGGCACACCAGGCGGGGACGGCACACCAGGCGGGGACGGCACACCAGGCGGGGACGGCACACCAGGCGGGGACGGCACACCAGGCGGGGACGGCACACCAGGCGGGGACGGCACACCAGGCGGGGACGGCACACCAGGCGGGGACGGCACACCAGGCGGGGACGGCACACCAGGCGGGGACGGCACACCAGGCGGGGACGGCACACCAGGCGGGGACGGCACACCAGGCGGGGACGGCACACCAGGCGGGGACGGCACACCAGGCGGGGACGGCACACCAGGCGGGGACGGCACACCAGGCGGGGACGGCACACCAGGCGGGGACGGCACACCAGGCGGGGACGGCACACCAGGCGGGGACGGCACACCAGGCGGGGACGGCACACCAGGCGGGGACGGCACACCAGGCGGGGACGGCACACCAGGCGGGGACGGCACACCAGGCGGGGACGGCACACCAGGCGGGGACGGCACACCAGGCGGGGACGGCACACCAGGCGGGGACGGCACACCAGGCGGGGACGGCACACCAGGCGGGGACGGCACACCAGGCGGGGACGGCACACCAGGCGGGGACGGCACACCAGGCGGGGACGGCACACCAGGCGGGGACGGCACACCAGGCGGGGACGGCACACCAGGCGGGGACGGCACACCAGGCGGGGACGGCACACCAGGCGGGGACGGCACACCAGGCGGGGACGGCACACCAGGCGGGGACGGCACACCAGGCGGGGACGGCACACCAGGCGGGGACGGCACACCAGGCGGGGACGGCACACCAGGCGGGGACGGCACACCAGGCGGGGACGGCACACCAGGCGGGGACGGCACACCAGGCGGGGACGGCACACCAGGCGGGGACGGCACACCAGGCGGGGACGGCACACCAGGCGGGGACGGCACACCAGGCGGGGACGGCACACCAGGCGGGGACGGCACACCAGGCGGGGACGGCACACCAGGCGGGGACGGCACACCAGGCGGGGACGGCACACCAGGCGGGGACGGCACACCAGGCGGGGACGGCACACCAGGCGGGGACGGCACACCAGGCGGGGACGGCACACCAGGCGGGGACGGCACACCAGGCGGGGACGGCACACCAGGCGGGGACGGCACACCAGGCGGGGACGGCACACCAGGCGGGGACGGCACACCAGGCGGGGACGGCACACCAGGCGGGGACGGCACACCAGGCGGGGACGGCACACCAGGCGGGGACGGCACACCAGGCGGGGACGGCACACCAGGCGGGGACGGCACACCAGGCGGGGACGGCACACCAGGCGGGGACGGCACACCAGGCGGGGACGGCACACCAGGCGGGGACGGCACACCAGGCGGGGACGGCACACCAGGCGGGGACGGCACACCAGGCGGGGACGGCACACCAGGCGGGGACGGCACACCAGGCGGGGACGGCACACCAGGCGGGGACGGCACACCAGGCGGGGACGGCACACCAGGCGGGGACGGCACACCAGGCGGGGACGGCACACCAGGCGGGGACGGCACACCAGGCGGGGACGGCACACCAGGCGGGGACGGCACACCAGGCGGGGACGGCACACCAGGCGGGGACGGCACACCAGGCGGGGACGGCACACCAGGCGGGGACGGCACACCAGGCGGGGACGGCACACCAGGCGGGGACGGCACACCAGGCGGGGACGGCACACCAGGCGGGGACGGCACACCAGCAACCUUACUGUAUACAGUAACACUUGCAUGUUCAGAUAUACUGAUAUGA